UAGGCGCGCCGAGUGAUCGAUGGAGCAACAGCUGACGACAGCUCCUCCUCUUCCUCGGACCGGCCAUUUCCGCACCGGCCUGAAAGGAAACAGGACAAAAAAAUAACACUUGUAUGAAAAUAUGCCUCCAAAAUUCAAGCGCCAUCUUAACGAUGAUGAUGUUACUGGGUCAGUCAAAAGUGAGAGGAGAAACCUCCUAGAAGAAGAUUCAGAUGAAGAAGAGGAUUUUUUCUUGAGAGGGCCAUCAGGUCCAAGGUUUGGCCCCAAGAAUGACAAGAUCAGACAGGUUCAAAACCAGGUUGAUGAAGUUAUUGAUGUCAUGCAAGAAAAUAUCACCAAGGUGAUAGAGAGAGGAGAGCGACUGGAUGACUUGCAGGAUAAGUCAGAAAGCUUAUCGGAUAAUGCAACAGCUUUUAGUAAUCGAUCCAAACAGCUCAGAAGACAAAUGUGGUGGCGAGGCUGCAAGAUGAAGGCAAUUGUGGCUUUGGUUGCUGUUGUUGUCUUGCUAGUAAUUAUUGUUCCCAUCAUCCUCAGACACACUUGACUUGCUGAUGAACAUCCUUGUGGACACCACUGCAGGAUAACAGCAAAGCAAGCAGCUGUGUGAUUUCAGUGGAAUGUAUUAUGUAUGUAGCUUUGAAGUGCAUCCCACCCCCACCCCCAAGGGAGGCACGUGCCCAGUUCUACUAAGAGUAUCCAGAGGACCUGGCAAACAUAUGACUUUCAGUCAAGAAUUAACUAUACUGUCAAUAUCAGAUCCAAAACCUCAUUGUUGCUCUUUUGAAGGAGACCUAUAUGGAAUCAGAUACUUGUCAGAAUUUCAUCUUGUUUUUUUUUAAAAUUUAUAUAUGUGUGUAUAUAUAUAUAUAUAUAUUGCAAACUGAUAAUGUUAUUUAUAAUUUAAAUAAUUUCCUACGGCUAUUGGUAAAGUAGUGGAGGAAAGAAUAACAGAGGGAAGAAGGAAGUGUAUAGUCUAUAUCACUGUUUAAAAAAGACAUUAAUUCUUCAACUGAAUAACUGCAAAGAUGACUUUCUUAUAGGGGGAAAUAUGCCCAAAAUAUGGGUUUGCAAGCCAACAUUCUGUAUUUAAAGGAUCCUAACGUUCUAUGUUCUUGGUAUUAUUGCUUAUGAUUGUUCCAUAAAAGCAUUCCAGUAAAAAAAAAUAUUUUUGACUGCAAA